AUGAACAAGUUCGGUAGUUCUUCGUGUAAAUCUCAAGAUCACCAUGCCCGAGGGGAUAAGAAAGGCAACGAUAUCCUUGGAGGUGACUCCGUCUACACCAAGUUCAGAGAGGCGGGUCGCAUGAGGGCAAGAGUCCUACGGGGAAAUUUGACCCGUCAGCAGGUUGAAUCGAUCGUCAAGGAUCAAGCUAGUGCCCGACAUGAGGGUGUGGCCAGCUACAAGGCAAGUACAACAUCAGCGAGGCAGGGCGUUUCAUUAUUAUUGGAGAUCAUUCCCAUGGUUUCCCAGGUCGCUGCUCAAGUAUAUUCCGUGUCCUUGGCUAAUCCCACAAUCGGUGCAUCCUCAUCUACACCAAUCAGCAUGGCCACCGGGUCGCUCAUCAUCCGAGCACUCUAA